CCCCGCCGCCGCCGCCUGCCCAGCGGCCCGGGAGGCGGAGGCGCGGGGGAGGAGGCCCCGCUUGGCCCCGCAGCCCCGGAUGCUGCAUGACUUCAUCCUUCCGCCGGCUCGCCUGGUGAGCUAGGGCCGGUCCGGCAGCCAGCCCGCGGUCCGCGCCCCGCCGCAGUCCCGCGCCCACCCCGCGCCCGCCAUGUCCGAGAUCCUGCCCUACAGUGAGGACAAGAUGGGCCGCUUCGGCGCCGACCCCGAGGGCUCCGACCUCUCCUUCAGCUGUCGCCUCCAAGACACCAACUCCUUCUUUGCGGGCAACCAAGCCAAGCGACCCCCCAAGCUGGGCCAGAUCGGCCGAGCCAAGAGAGUGGUGAUCGAGGAUGACCGGAUAGACGACGUGCUGAAGGGGAUGGGGGAGAAGCCGCCCUCCGGAGUGUAGACGCGCCGGCUCGGGCGGCGGACUCCGGGCCCCGCCUCGCAGCGGCCAGGCGCGCGGGCAGGCGAUGCGGCUGCCGGCGCCCCCCGCCCGGGCCCAGGCGCCCGCGGGCGGGGGCUGCAGGGCCGCGCCGCCGCCGGGCCAGAGCCGCUGCCUCCGCUGCCAGCCACUCCGGAGCUGUCCGCUUCAGCACCACGGCGGCGGCGGCGCGGACCCGCCCGGAGCCCGCCGCGCUCAUGCACUUUAGAACCGCGGGCCGCAGCCCCACCCCGCUCACCGGAAAGGACAGAGCCCCGCGGCCCGGACCCAGCCCCUCCCGCACGGCUCCCUCGCCCCGCCCCUCUCCGGCCGGUCUGGUCCGAAGACCCGGCUCCCCGCCGGAGUCCGACCGUGCGCGGCCGGGGAUGUUUGGCUGCGUAUUUGCAUGAGCUUCCCACCCUCCUCUGCUCGGCCCACCCCUCCAGGCCGCUCCUCGCCCCCAUCCCCGUCUGGCGUGACCCCGGCCUCAGCCUAUUUCUAAGGGACUUCCUCAGCACAUUUGUAUUUUUAUAUCCGAUUCUUUGUUUACUGGCUCCCCUCAUGGUUAGCACCCUUCCCCCUCCGUCUCGUCCUUGCUCUUCUGCGCCUGGCAGGUGGGACGAGUUGAGGGUGGGAAUGGACAAGCCCCCAACAUGGCAACAAACACAUGGCCAGUCUGCCCAGGCCUGACCCCAGGCGGCUCUCUGGCAGACCCCUUCCCUCCAGGUAUCCCCUUCCAAG